AUGGCUCGUUUGAGCUUCCUGCUCGUGAGCUGCCUCACGCUGCUGGUCGGCAUCGCCAGCGCCGGCUCAGCCGUGAUCGAUCUGAUCCCCAAGAACUUCGACAACGUCGUCCUCAAGUCCGGCAAGCCCGCUCUUGUGGAAUUCUUCGCCCCCUGGUGCGGCCACUGCAAGAACCUUGCACCCGUGUACGAUGAGCUCGCGCAGGUCUUCGCCUACGCCGAGGACAAGGUGACUGUCGGCAAGGUCGAUGCGGACGCCAACCGUGACCUGGGCAAGCGAUUCGGUAUCCAGGGAUUCCCUACUUUGAAGUGGUUUGAUGGCAAGAGUGACAAGCCUGAGGAGUACAAGGGUGGUCGCGACCUGGAGUCUUUGGCUGCGUUCAUCACUGAGAAGACUGGCAUCAAGCCCCGUGGUCCUAAGAAGGAACCUAGCAAGGUUGAGAUGUUGACCGACUCUUCUUUCAAGUCUACUAUUGGUGGUGAGAAGGAUGUUUUGGUUGCUUUCACUGCGCCUUGGUGUGGACAUUGCAAGACCCUCGCCCCUGUCUGGGAGACCCUUGCCAACGACUUCGUCCUCGAACCUAACGUCGUCAUCGCCAAGGUCGAUGCUGAAGCCGAGAACGCCAAAGCCACCGCUAGAGAGCAAGGUGUCACCGGCUACCCCACAAUCAAGUUCUUCCCCAAGGGCUCCAAGGAAGCCGAGCCCUACCAGGGUGCUCGUUCGGAGCAGGCUCUUGUCGAUUUCGUCAACAGCAAGGCCGGCACCCACCGCACCGUCGGCGGUGGUCUGGAUGGCAAGGCUGGUACCAUCCCCAGCCUUGACGCUCUGGUCACCAAGUAUCUCUCGUCUGGCAGCUUCAAGGAGCUCGCUGGUGAGGCCAAGAAGGCUGUCAAGGGUGUCCAGGACAAGUACGCUGAGUACUACGUCAAGGUUGCUGACAAGCUCAGCCAGAACGAGGGCUAUGCCACCAAGGAGUUUGCUCGUCUCCGUAAGAUCUUGAGCAAGGGUGGCUCGGCUCCGGAGAAGAUCGAUGACAUUGUGUCCCGCAGCAACAUCCUCCGCCAGUUCGGUGGAGACAAGGAAGCUGACAAGGGCAAGGACGAGUUGUAG